GGGCUCCUGCUAUGUAUAACUGGCAACUGGUAUUAACAUGCACAUAUUCUUGCCUUUGUAAAAUGUUCUUCAAUCUAUUUAGUUUUCUUACUUUUCUUCUUUCUUCCGCGUAAAUUUUGGUGCAGCGACAAGUGGUAUGGCUGAGUUGAUUUUAGAUCCAAACAUUCGAGGAUGGGUGUUCUUACCUAUCGUUGUGAUUACGUUUCUCGUAGGCAUUAUUCGACAUUAUGUUUCGAUAUUACUUGCCUCACAGAAAAAGGUUGAGCUUCAUCAAGUACAAGACAGUCAAGUGAUGAUACGCUCUAGGCUGCUAAGAGAAAAUGGUCAAUAUAUUCCAAAAAUGGCAUUUAUUAGCAGAAGGCAUUUCUUUAAUAAUGAAGAGACAGGAUAUUUUAAAACACAAAAACGUGCCCCAGUAUCGCAGAACCCAAUGACAGAUCCUAAUAUGAUGACAGAUAUGUUAAAGGGAAAUGUAACUAAUGUUUUACCAAUGGUAUUAAUAGGUGGCUGGAUUAACUGGAUGUUUUCUGGCUUUGUAACAACUAAAGUACCAUUUCCUUUGACAUUACGUUUCAAACCAAUGUUGCAACGUGGUAUAGAAUUAGCUACACUUGAUGCUGCAUGGGUUUCAUCUGCAUCUUGGUAUUUCCUUAAUGUGUUUGGAUUACGUUCCAUAUAUACACUUGUCCUUGGAGAAAGCAAUGCUGCUGAUACCUCUAGACUUUUACAGGAUCAAGUAUCAGGUGCUGCAAUGUCUAUGCCACCAGAUCCAAAAGCUGCUUUCAAAUCAGAAUGGGAAGCAUUGGAAAUAUAUGAACAUAAUUGGGCGCUGCAAGGAGUUGAAGCAGAUCUUAUAGGAUCCCAAAGAAUAGAUACAAGUGAAGGUAGCAAAUAAUAAAUAUUACAUCUAUAUCCAUAGAUAUAGCAUGUGCCAUUUUUGGAUAAAUAAUCGAAGUUUUAAGAAAUUACUAAAUGAAUUAAUAACUUGAAUUGUCAUAAUAAAUGAUAUAUAAUUUAUUACA